CCCGGGGCGGCGACGUCGAGGCGGAGGAACUUUCUCAGCCCGCGAGGCUGCUUGCGCGCCCGGCUCCGCGCCCGGCCCGCGGGGAGCCCGAGGACGACCCGGGCCGGGCGAGGAGGGGCCGCGACGGCCGUGGCGUCCAGGUGCGCCCGCAGCCGGGGAGCCCCGGGGCCCGCGUGGUUUCCGCCGGCGCAUCCUCGCUGGCGCCGGUGACCCUGAACCUGAGGUACCCAGGUACGAGGCAGGCGUCCCCCCACCCCGUGCUUGGCGUGUGCGCUGCCCGAUGGGGAAAAGACAAACCGACUCUUGUGUUUACCGCUGGCCGAGCCGGGUGGGGGCCACCAGCGGUUUGGGGCAGAGCCUUUAAAUUGGCCUCUGACAAUCAACUCAGCCCCAUGGAGCAGAUUUUUGCCAUUUUCACCAUCUGUAGAAAUGGGAAUCGAGGCAGCGAUCAGUGGCUACAGGUUGUCCUUGCCGGAAGGAACCAUGAACUGGCAUUUUCCCUUCUUUCUUGUGGCCACAGUGACUUUGCCCUCUGUGUGCUCCCAGUUCAACCCCCUAUCUCUGGAGGAACUAGGCUCCGACACAGGAAUCCAGGUUUUCAAUCAGAUUAUCAAAUCCCGGCCUCUUGACAACGUGGUCGUGUCCCCCCAUGGGAUUGCGUCCGUCCUGGGGAUGCUUCAGCUGGGAGCCGACGGCAGGACUAAGAAGCAGCUCACCACGGUGAUGAGAUACGGCGUGAACGGAGUCGGUAAAGUGUUAAAGAAGAUCAACAAGGCCAUCGUCUCCAAGAAGAAUAAAGACAUCGUGACGGUGGCCAAUGCAGUGUUUGUGAAGAACGGCUCUAAAAUGGAAGUGCCUUUCGUUACGAGGAACAAGGACGUGUUUCAGUGCGACGUCCAGAACGUGGACUUUGAAGAUCCAGCCUCUGCCUGUGACUCCAUCAACGUGUGGGUUAGAAACGAAACCAGGGGUAUGAUCGACAAUCUGCUCUCCCCAAAUCUCAUCGAUGGUGCACUCACCAGACUGGUCCUGGUCAAUGCCGUGUAUUUUAAGGGUUUGUGGAAAUCGAGGUUCCAACCUGAGAACACAAAGAAACGCACGUUUGUGACAGCUGAUGGGAAGUCCUACCAAGUGCCCAUGCUGGCCCAGCUCUCCGUGUUCCGAUGCGGGUCUACAAGCACCCCCAACGAUUUAUGGUACAACUUCAUCGAACUGCCCUACCACGGGGAAAGCAUCAGCAUGCUGAUCGCGCUGCCCACAGAGAGCUCCACCCCGCUGACGGCCAUCAUCCCUCACAUCAGCACCAAGACCAUAGACAGCUGGAUGAGCACGAUGGUGCCCAAGAGGGUGCAGGUCAUCUUGCCCAAGUUCACGGCGGUAGCACAAACAGAUCUGAAGGAGCCGCUGAAAGUGCUCGGCAUCACCGAGAUGUUUGAUCCAUCAAAAGCAAAUUUUUCGAAAAUAACAAGGUCAGAAAACCUUCACGUCUCUCAAAUCUUGCAAAAAGCAAAAAUUGAAGUCAGUGAAGACGGAACGAAAGCUUCGGCAGCAACAACUGCGAUUCUAAUUGCAAGGUCGUCACCUCCCUGGUUCAUAGUAGACAGACCCUUUCUAUUUUUCAUCCGACAUAAUCCCACAGGUGCUGUCUUAUUCAUGGGGCAGAUAAACCAACCGUGAAGAGUAUACAGAAGAAACCAUGCAAAAGCAAAGACUACUUUGUGACGAAGAAAACUCCUUUCCUACAUCUUUCAUAGUUCUGUUAAAUAUUUUUGUACAUUUCUUCCUUUUUCAAAACUAGUUCUUAGGAACAGAGACUCAAUGAUGCAAGCAUUUUUGUCCCGGGAUAUAUAUCAAAGGGAAAAAGGGGCAGGAUGGCUGGAACACUGUACUGACAAAUGAAUAGAAAGGCUUCAAAAUGUCUAAAAAACGCUUUAAACUACUGAGCAGGUACCUAGGCUAACCCUCCCGAGUAUUUACUGUCCAGUUCAGGAGUUUUGUUUUGUUUACACGUGUGGCAUUUCAGAAGAAAUGUAAUCAGUGUGAUGGGGGAAAAAAAACCCACAACACAUUUUAUGGUGGCUUUUACUUUUUUAUGAAAAAAUAUAUAUAUUAUCGGCCUUUUUAAUUCUUUUGUUUUGGUCCCAUCCAAAGUCUUGAUAGUAAGCAUUAUUUUGGGGGUAGAAAUAGUGAAAUCUCUAGCCUCUUUGUGUUGUUGUUGUUGUUGUUGUUGUUGUUUUAUAUAAUGCAUGUAUUCACUAAAAUAAAGUUUAAAAAACUAACGUCUUGCUAGACAAGGUUUGCUCUUGUGCAGUGUGCCUGUCACUACUGGUCUGUACUCUCUGGAUUUGCAUUUUUGUAUUUUGUACAAAGUAAAAAUAAAGUGUUAUGAGUAGUAAAAAAAAAAAAAA